AUGACAUCUUUUCUUGUUCAUCAGCCGCCAUCAAGAACUCCAACAUCAACGUUGCCAUCUAUUUCAUCGACAUCAACUUUGACGUCUCCCUAUGAGUAUCAGAUUUCAAGAACUCCAAUACUGAAUUUGCCAACUAAUCAGUCAAUUUCAAGUACUGCAUUGCCAAAUUCCCAAGGUCAAGGACCACAACUGGUUAAAUACUCGAAACACAGUAGUUCUGGAAGCUGUGGUUCUCGAUCUGGACCAAAAAAAGUUACUAUGCUUCGCUCAUUAAUUGUCAAAAGAUCAAAGAAUAAUCUUCAAAAUAUACCACCCAAUGAAGAACACCUAUCACCGGAAGAGAAAUAUAUAUCACCCGAAGAACAAAACGACGUACCUAGGAUCGAUCCCAGUUUUAUCCAGGACGAUUUAAUGGAUAUUUCUCAAGAAGGAAACACUGAUCAUAUAGUUUCAUUUAUUAAUAAUUUCAUUCCUGAAUAA